AUGAAGAAUGAACGUGAUGCGCUGCUUUCCAGGAAUCGCAACAUGAGGGUGGGUGGGACGAAUCCCAAGGCCGCCGAGGAAGACGAGGACUUUGAGUAUUUGAAUGAUGAGAAAUCUGAGCUCUGUCUUUCUCCCAACACCAGACUCCGAAAUGCCAAGCUUCACGAUGCCUUGGCCACUACCGAGUUUCUGCUCAACCUGCCGCUAGUGGAUGGAAUGCUGCCUCACGAAAGGGACGAGAAGAAAGGCAGGGAAAUGAAGAAUGGCAGCCACCGAUACCAAGCCAACGACGACGACGACAUGAGUUCUCUCGGAAGUAGCAUCCUUCUGGACGAAAUGGAAGACGACAAGAGUCGCAUGUCUUGUUCAGGGAGACUGAGGAUCUCCAUGAGGAGUAUCACCAAGUCCAACGGGGGUCUAAUGGAUGGGGCCUUUCAACCCAACACACCCAACAGUGUAAGAAGCUGCAAACGUUCUCUGUCAGGGGUGUCUUUAUCGAGCAAACUUUCUAUUGGCAGUGGGAAAAGAUCCAUCGGCAGCAAGCGUGCCAUGGGGAUGGCUCUCCGAAGGGCCACCACGUCGGGGUCGAUCCAUUCGAGAAGCACACGCAACUCAGUCGUCAAUGGUUCCAAAAACUUUGACUGGAGGGACUUGGGAGUGGCAAACAACAACAACAACGACGAUGACAAUGCGUCCAAGGCCGGCAGUAUCAACUUCCCCUUGAGGCGCUCGGCCAGUACAGGGUUCCGGUUCGAACGCACUGGCUCGCAUCGAUCCAUGUCCAGCACGGAUCGCCUGAACCUCUCGUUGGUCAACAUUUUGAGCAGCAAGAAGCAGCCGGCAGCCACACGACGAAAUGGGCAAAUGCGGGCAUCCACGGGACAAGAAGGCAACAAGAGACCGGCUCCUGUCAGAAUGAACUCCGGGCGGUCCGUUUGCUCGUUUCGGUCGUCAAGGUCUAUGCGGGGAGUGCCGAACACAGGAGGCAGAGCACCCAGACGAAACGAACGGACGUCGAAGGUUGCAAAUGUAGCUUCUGAUGCCAGCGCAGUUUCUGAUAGAACUGCCAAUCUGUCGUCGGGUGAAGACAGCGGAAGCGUGCCGAAUAUUUGUCCCCGAAAGGCGCGACGACGUCGAUCUCUACAAGGGUCCAAAGCAUUGCGGUCUCCGACUCAGCAAUCGCCUCGGGACAACAGUGUUUCUCCUAAGCAGCAGGGCUCGUCGCACGGUCACUCUGAUACCAAAGCACAAGAGUGCAAUUGGUGUAACGAUCCAACAAAGUCGUCAAAAAUUCAAAAGGAAGUGCAGGGUCUGUUGAAGAAGAUUAGCCAAGGUCCUCCUUUGCACAGAAGUACCUCUUUGGAUACGCACACGAAGCUCAAGACUGCGGCUUCUGCAGCAGGAGAAACCUUGCUUAAGAGGAUCUCCAAUGUCGAGAGGAACACUGCGAAGCAGCCGACCCGAGUUUAUUCGCUCGAUGCUGAUUCUGGGCAUUCAAAAAGCACUCUGGAUUCGGAACUCAAUAGUCUGCAAGCAUUAGUGAGCCGGGCACACGGUCUGGGGUCAGAAGCAAAGAACAGGGGUCGAUCACCUCCACAACUUCGAAAUUCAACGUGGACUUCACAGCAAGGAGAACUCUCGCCUAAGUCUGCCAUGCGGCGUUCCAAAUCCCUAGGCAUUACACCCAUGGGACGCUUGGCAGCCACGUUGGGGGCUCCGUCGCUGCAGCCUACAAAACCUGACAAGAGAGAAAAGGACGAUGAUGAUGCAGGGUGGAAGAACAUAGGGAUGCCAAAAUUGGCAAACAUGAAGCGAGCUACCUCACUAACAGACAAAUUGGCGCACCGCACGACAGAGAUGUUGAAUGAAUCAAUCAGUACCAUGUUGGAGGAAUCUAUGAAUGCCCCAAGCACCAGUCAGAGGCGCAGCGGCAGGAGUCCCGUUCCACCCUCGAACCAUCGUUCGCCCAAGGCUGGUCGAACAGCAUCACCGAUGAGGCAACAAGGAUCAAGUCUGAGGCAAGGGCACAUGAAGAGCCACAUGGACGAGAAAAUCUCCAACUCACCCAAAAGGACUGUGAAGAAGGACAACUCAAGACUGGCGCAGUUGGCUGCGCUUUCUCGAUCAUCAGCAGGCGCCGACCCCAUGGAUGUAUCCACCCGCUCAGAAGCAAAUCCAGUCCGACGCCCCCCGAAUCGAUCGAGUAGCAUGGGCGUCAUGAAGAGAGGACCAAUCAGACGACCGCCUGGCAGAUCUCAGAGUGGAAGUGUUGCAAGGAUGCAGGUUCGCCGACCACCAAAUCGAACUGCUAGUGGUAGUGGCAUUCGUGGGAGCUCUUCUGGUCGUUCUGACUCGGGCAAUCAAUCCAUGUCACCGCCUCACAAGAGCUCAUUUCAAUUCCAGCGACGGGGCAAAGCGAGUGAUAAAUCUGCCAUGCCACCCAAAAAGCCCGUCAGGAGGAUGCAAGAGGUCUCUCCCAGGAAGAAUUCCAGUUCUACGCCGGUAGCCGCGGGAACCGUGCUCGAGAAACUAAGUCAAUCCUUUCGUGAUGGCAAUCUGCUGGAUGACAGCAAAUCCGACGACGAGGAUGACGGCAAAUCCGACGAUGACAGCUACCACUCCAAGCUCGAGCAGAUUGUUGAUAUGGACACGAGCAUAAAACGUCGCCAAAGCGGCAAUUACCUGUCAAUGAACGAACUUGACCGCUUCGCUCUUCUUCCUGUUGACCUCUCCGAUGACGAUUCCGACGAGGAAGACGAUGAUUCGGACGAUUCGGAUGAUGAUUCGGAUGACGAUUCUUCCCACCAUCAACAGCCACCCGCUCGUGGUACGAGAAGAGAGAGCCAACGUCCUGCUCGUGCAUUGUCGGACAGAAACUACAAUGAUUCCACGGAGAUGCAAGACACCCAGAUGACAGAUAGGAGAGCCGCAAGGAGAAAGAAUCGACGUACAGAGACCCAUGAUGCUGACAGUGCCAAACCCAGUGGUCGGCCAAAGUUGCAACGUAAGCUAUCCAACAAAGAUUUGGCAGCCGCAAUGAACGCCAGGCAGCCCAGCAAACAAGACCUUCUGAAAGAUAUCAAGAAAAUACAGCGGACGGGCCGCAACUUGCAGAACGGUGCGAGAACCAACGAUGCAUCCUUGUUCGUCACUGGUUCUAGAAUCCGGCGUUAUAUGGGUGGCGUCGAGGUGAUCACCGGCGCAGGAAAAAGCUAG